AUGAAGGUCCUUAUUCCUCUGUCUUUUCUUAUCGCAGGCGUCUUUGCACAGGACGGUUGCGGCUUUCCCGAUGGACCUGACUGUGUAUCGCUGGGCGAGGGCGCGAAUGGACUAGAGCAGUUUGCUGAUGACGGGUGCUGUCUACUCCCCAUCCGAUGUGGCAAUGGUGAUGGCGGUGAGAGGUGUGAGAGGGUUGCUGUCGCUGGAAACAACAACAAUAACAACGCUGACAAUAACAAUAAUAACGCUGGUAACGGUAACAACGACAAUAAUGCUGGCAACAAUAAUGCGGGGAACAACAACGACGCCGGGAACAACAACAACAACAAUGCUGGCAAUGGCAAUGCUGGCAAUGCUGGUAACAACAACAACGGCAAUAACAAUGCUGGCAAUGAUAACGCCGGCAAUGCUGGCAAUGCUGCCGACGACGAAAACUGCGGCUUCCCCAACGGUCCCGACUGCGAAUCCCUCGGCGAGGGCGCCAACGGCCUGGAACAGUUCGCCGACGACGGCUGCUGUCUCCUCCCCUUCCGCUGUGGAAACGGUGACGGCGGCGAGCGAUGCGAACGUGUGCCCGUGGCUUCCAACAAGGUCCGCUCCCUCCAUGCUCUUCGUACUCGCAACCGCGAAUCUAAGAAGCACCUCCGUGCACGAGACGGGAAACGUAGGAUGCAUCUCCGUCCUCGGUUCCACGGACCUAGGGACUCUUAA